CACUGUAGUUUCUGCACUAAAGCUACACUACAGAAGCAUAUCUUUGUUAACACUGCCGAAGUCAUGUUUCACCAUCCAGAUGAAGACACUACAAUGCAGGCAGUAUGUUGCAAAGAACCAGGUGGGCCGGAGAAGCUGUAUUUAGGACGAAUUCCCAAACCUAAUCCUAAAAAUGGGGAAGUCCUCAUUAAAGUUUAUGCAACUGCUUUAAACAGGGCUGACUUGUUACAGAGGAGAGGUCUUUACCCAGCUCCUGCAGGAGCAAGCAACAUCCUUGGGCUGGAGGCUGCUGGGGUGGUCACUGGUUUUGGCCUUGGAGUCAAGAGGAAUUUUAAUCUAGGUGAUAAGGUCAUGGCUCUGCUUUCAGGAGGAGGAUAUGCACAGUACGUAGCUGUGCCUGAGGAACUUCUCAUGCCAGUCCCUUCACAUCUUACUCUCUACGAAGCUGCGGCAAUCCCAGAGGCCUGGCUGACUGCCUACCAAAUUCUGCACUUCAUAGCCCAAGUUAAGGAGGGAGAGUCAGUGUUAAUUCAUGCUGGAGCGAGCGGCGUCAGUACUGCUGCCAUUCAGCUUGCUCGUCUGUUUCAUGCUGUUCCGUUGGUGACUGCUGGAAGCCCUGAUAAGUUAAAGAUUGCAGAAAAACUGGGUGCAGCUGCUGGGUUCAAUUACAAAGACGGGGAUUUCUCUGAAAAGAUUCUGCAGUUUACGCAAGGCAGGGGGGUUGAUAUCAUCCUUGACUGCAUUGGUGGAUCUUACUGGGAGAAAAAUAUUGAUAGUUUGGCUAUGGAUGGAAGAUGGGUUCUCUAUGGUGUUAUGGGGGGAGGAUCAGUGAAUGGAGACUUGCUUGGCAAACUUUUAUUUAAGCGCGGUCACAUUCUCAGUAGUCUUCUUAGGUCACGGAGUCUACAGUAUAAGGCUGAACUAGUUGGGAGCUUCGUUGAGCAGGCUUUGCCACACUUUCAACCAACAGACCUGACCACGUCACUGAGGCCUAUAAUUGACACAAUGUUUAACAUGGAAAACAUUGCUGAUGCACACAGAUACAUGGAGGCCAACAAAAAUGCUGGAAAAAUCAUAAUAAAAAUUUCAGAGACUUAAUAAUUUUUUUCACACUGAUUAUCUCUUGUCUUACAUUACUGUCUUACAUUUUAAAUAAUAUGCAUCUGUACGAUAUUCAGAAGCAUUUUUAUGACACAGACGAUAAAUAAAGCAAUAAAGAUCAAAGAUCAAAUUAUUACAA